AUGCCUUCAUACUGGAAGACCAACUUCACUAAGAUUUGCCUGGGUAUGAGAAGAACUAACACAGGGAAUGUCAAUUGGAUAAAAAUCAACAUGACGGCAGAAUCUUUGUAUUCUCUUCUUGCUGAUGGUACAGAAAAGACCACUGCACUGGGAAGAUCUGCCUGGGAAUCCCUGUUCCCUGACCAUAAGCUGCAGGUCUAUUCUUGUAAGGAAGGAUUGAAUAUAGUUGGUUCUGAUGAUAUAGCCAAGCAAGAAUUCACUUAUACUUCCCAACACUGGAGCGAAAAGACAGCAUACAAUGAAGGUGCCGGACAAACAGGAAUCGAUGACUUGAACGAGACAAAAAUGCCUUCAUACUGGAAGACCAACUUCACUAAGAUUUGCCUGGGUAUGAGGAGUAACACAGGGAAUGUCAAUUGGAUAAAAAUCGACAUGACGGCAGAAUCUUUGUAUUCUCUUCUUGCUGAUGGUACAGAAAAAGAGACCACUGCACUGGGAAGAUCUGCAUGGGUAUCCCUGUUCCCUGACCAUAAGCUGCAGAACUAUUAUUGUAAGGAAGGAAUGAAUAUGGUUGGUAAUAAAAAUAAAGCCAAGGUUAGGAUUGGCAUCAUAGCUGAUAACUCUAAUGAUUGCAAUGUACCCAACUCUUGCAUAGGUGUUGGAGUAGAGACUGGUUCAUACUUAGUCCCAUGUGGCAGCAGCAACUCUAGAACUGAAGGGUCUUGUACCUCCAACUGCUUCAUAUUUGUACAGUAA